AUGCAACCUCCUGAAGAAAAACCAAAAGAAGAAGGAGAAGAAAAGCCAAAAGAAGAAUAGUAACAGUAGUAACAAACCCAACAGUAGUAAAAGCCUCCUGCCAAGAAUUACUUAGACUUAUCUAAUAAACCAAUUCCUCCAAAUGCAAUAGUGAUUAAUUUUGAAGUCUGCAUCAAUUGCUAAAAAUCACAUUCGUUUUGUACACAGCAUGACGAACUUCGAUAUGCAAAAUUAUAUCAUGAAUUUAAGGAUGCUGUUGAAGCUGCAAUUCCAAAUUCGUUCUGCGUAGUUAAUCAUUCAAUUUAGAAACCUUCCAUCGGAGCAUUUGAAAUAACUCAUUAAAACAAGAUAAUCUACUCUAAAAAGAAUUCUGGUUUGUUUCCUUGUGUUGCACCUACAGUGGAGAGAAUUAAAAGAUUUCUUGAUGAUCUCUAAAAUGGCAAAGAUGUUAAGGGUUAUGCCACAACCAAAGAAAAGAAGCAAGAAAAACCAAUUGAAAAGAAAUCAAAACCAACCUUUUAGGCUUACAUAAGGAUGAAGGAAGAGGAAUUUGCAAGGCAAGAAGCAAUUAGAGAAGAAAAUGAAAGAAAGAGAAAGGAGUAAGAAGAGAAGGAAGAGAAGGAAAGACAAGAGAGGGAGAAAAUAGAAGCAGAGAAUAAGAGAAUUGCAGAAGAGGAAGCUGCAAAGAAAGCUGAAGAAGAGAGAUUGAAAAAGGAAGAAGAAGAUAAAAUUAAAGCUGAGGAAGAAAAAAAGAAGGCUGAAGAAGCUGCAUAAAAUCCUUAGACAUAAGAAGGUGGUGAAAAACCUCAAGAACAACCUUAAGGUGAGAAGCCAGCUGAAAAACCAGCUGAGAAACCAGCUGAAAAACCAGCUUAAUGA